AUGAACCGCCUGCCCAACUUCUCCUUCGACGUGGGCGGCGUGCUCUUUCCUGGGCAGGUGGAGACCACGCACAGCCUCCUGUGGAUGGGCGCGCAGGGGGGUGGUAUGCACGCGGACUGGCAGGACAACGUGAUCAUGCAGCUCACCGGCGAGGCGGACAUCGUCGUGUUCCCCGCCAAUUGCAGCUUCGAGACCUGGAGGCUCCCCAACAAGGUCGUCGUGAGAGAAUGGCUGAGCAGGACGGCGGACAGGAUGACGGGCCGCUGCCUCGGGGCACCGCGCGCGGUUGGUGGCCGGCGGCUUCCGACUCAUCAUGUUGCGCGAGGGUGA